UCAAAGUGCGAGUGGAACGGUUCAAUUGUGUCCAAAAUGGUGUGCAGGAGUGAAACCCGUAACAGAUCCGUGUCACAGACGAUCACCCUCGCCAGUUGGUUGGUGUUGGCUGGUGUGAUGGUGUUGUGCUGCCUGCCGAAACCGGCCACCACGCAACCGAUCGACAUGCUCGAUCAGAUCGGUUCCGAGAGCCGUCGAAUGUUCUACAAAAUGCUCGAAUACCUCGGCGAUUACGAUGAGCUCGAGGAGGAUGGGCCACAGGAGCGUGAGGAGCAAAUUGGCUCGUUACCGUUGCAAACGAGCAACCGGGUUGAGGUGGCUGGACGAGAUGAGCAGUGCAAGUUACCCCUGAGAAGGGGCGUGUGCCGUGCGCUGCUACCACGCUUCAGAUACGACCCGGAACAGAAGGACUGCAUCGAGUUCAAGUUCGGCGGAUGCGACGGAAAUGCGAACAACUUCAUGUCCUACAAGCAGUGCAUGGAAGCCUGCAAAGGAGUUUAGACGAUCUUCCAGAUCCUGCGAUCGGUGCUCCAGUUCAACACCCAGUCGUCCCCACCAAGUGAUAUGUAGUGUUUUAAGACUUCGCCAACCCGCUUCGCUCGGGGAUGGCACAAUAGAUCGAUAAGCUUCUCUCGGUUCACUCCACAUCCUAUUGAUAGUAUUUAUUCAGUCACCGUUCGAAUCGUUGUUACAUUGUGGUAAUAAA